AUGGUGGUUACACGGUCAAGGUCGAAAAACAAUCGAACGUUGAAUGAUCGCUCUAAGGAAAGGUAUUCAUAUCGACCACGCUCGCAAUUCGUGGAAAGUGACGCGUUUGUUGGCUAUAGACCAAUCGAUUACUAUCUGCAAAGCGAUUGUCUUUUAACUCAGGAAGAAUUAAAGCGCCUCGAUGAGCACAUUUAUUCAGCUGUCGAUACUUCUUGGUUGGACGAGCUUUGCAUGAAGAGAUUUUGGGAAAAUGUCGUGGAAUACUAUCCGCGAUGGGUUGCACCAAAUCUAUUAACGCUAAUCGGUUUGAUAACAAAUCUUUUCACUGUUCUCGUCCUUUCAUAUUUUUGCCCGACAGCAAAGGAAACUGCUCCAGCUUGGGCAUAUCUCCUCGCCGCGUUUGGAUUGUUCGCUUAUCAAACUUUGGAUGCUACUGAUGGAAAACAAGCUCGCCGAAUUGGUGCAUCGUCUCCAUUGGGUGAACUAUUCGAUCAUGGAUGCGAUUCCGCCUCUCAGGUGUUUGUUACUUUAAAUGUAUGCUACGCUUUGCAAUUGGGAUCCGUGGGAUGCGGUGUAUUUAUUGCUUGCUUGAUUUCGGUUUCAUUGUUCUAUACGGCUCAUUGGAGCACUUAUUGUACGGGACAACUUCGAUUCUCACGAUUUGAUGUUACCGAAGCGCAAAUGUGUAUCAUUUGUAUGCUAUUAAUAACUGCGGUGUUUGGUCCAAAUAUCUGGAGCAUUGUUUUAGGUUUUCUGGGAUACACGCUGAAACAUUUCAUUUUACUCGCCGCAAUUAUUGGAACGUUGUAUCAGGCCUGUGGAUAUUUAUCAGUGAUUUGCUCUGAUGGUGUUGGAAAAAACGGAUCAACGGUUGCUGGAACAUCUGUGCUCUUUCCCGCGUGUCCCCUGAUGGCAGUGGUCAUUCCAUAUUGUAUGAUCUACAGCAAGUCGAAUUCAACUGUUUUUGAUGAUUAUGUUGUCAUUUUCGUGUUGCAAUUUGGAGCGGUUGCGGCCAAGGCUACCAAUCGAUUAAUUGUUGCCCAUAUGAGUCGAAGUGAGCUCAUUCUAUGGGAUUGGAUCCUCCUUGCUCCAAUAUCUUUGAUCCUCAACCAGUACUACGACUUUUUGUUCGACGAGAAGCGGCUUCUGGAGAAAAUGUCGACGUCACCGCGCGAUGGCCAAAACGAAUCGACGUAUGGAUUCGUAUAUGGCGUAUCGGGACCUGUCGUAACUGCUGAGAAGAUGGCUGGAUCAGCUAUGUACGAGUUGGUGCGCGUCGGACAUCAAGAGCUUGUCGGCGAGAUUAUUCGUCUUGAAGGCGACUUCGCUACAAUCCAAGUUUAUGAAGAAACUUCUGGAGUCACUAUUGGAGAUCCAGUGCUUCGAACUGGGAAACCGUUGUCUGUGGAACUUGGUCCGGGAAUUAUGGGCUCCAUUUUCGACGGAAUUCAGAGACCGUUGAAGGAUAUUGCUGAUCUAACGCAGUCAAUCUAUAUACCAAAAGGAGUAUCUACUAAUGCGCUUUCUCGGGAAUCUCGAUGGGAUUUUACCAUCGGCAAGGAUAUUAAAGUUGGAGCACAUGUUACUGGAGGAGAUGAGAUAGGAACAGUUGCUGAAAGCUUGCUUAUCAAGCAUAAAAUCAUGCUGCCACCGAAUGCUUGUGGAACUGUUACGUUUGCCGCGCCGUCUGGACAAUAUACAGUUGACGACGUAUUGCUGGAAGUAGAGUUCGCUGGCAAAACGCAAAAGUUCUCGAUGCUUCAAAUUUGGCCAGUCCGAAACCCGAGACCAUGCGCUGAAAAGUUGGCUGCUAAUAAUCCACUCCUUUGUGGUCAGCGAGUUCUUGAUGCUUUGUUUCCAUGUGUUCAAGGUGGCACAACAGCAAUUCCUGGAGCGUUCGGUUGUGGAAAAACUGUGAUUUCUCAAUCACUAUCCAAAUAUUCCAAUUCCGAUGCCAUUAUUUAUGUUGGAUGUGGAGAAAGAGGAAAUGAAAUGUCUGAGGUACUCCGAGAUUUCCCAGAACUAACGAUGGAAGUUGACGGUGUUGUGACUUCGAUUAUGAAACGCACAGCUCUCGUCGCAAACACGUCCAACAUGCCUGUCGCUGCUCGUGAAGCCUCAAUUUAUACUGGAAUUACAUUGGCCGAAUAUUUCCGUGAUAUGGGUCUCAACGUUGCAAUGAUGGCUGAUUCAACAUCCCGCUGGGCUGAAGCUCUUCGUGAAAUAUCAGGACGACUUGGCGAAAUGCCUGCCGAUUCGGGUUAUCCUGCCUAUCUGGCUGCUCGUUUAGCUUCAUUUUAUGAGCGUGCUGGUCGUGUGAAAUGUCUUGGAAAUCCUGAACGCGAAGGUUCUGUCACAAUUGUUGGAGCCGUUUCGCCUCCCGGUGGUGAUUUUGCCGAUCCUGUGACGUCUGCGACACUCGGAAUUGUUCAAGUGUUCUGGGGAUUGGACAAGAAGCUUGCGCAACGAAAACAUUUCCCAUCAAUUAACUGGCUCAUCUCAUACUCGAAAUAUAUGCGGGCUCUGGAAGAAUUUUACGAGAAGAACUACCCGGAGUUUGUAAAUUUGCGGACAAAGUGCAAGGAAAUUCUUCAAGAAGAGGAAGACUUAUCGGAGAUCGUGCAGCUCGUCGGUAAAGCAUCGUUGGCCGAGUCCGAUAAGAUCACGCUGGAAGUAGCCAAAAUUAUCAAGGAUGAUUUCCUGCAACAGAAUGGUUAUACCAAAUAUGAUCGUUUCUGUCCAUUCUACAAAACAGUCGGCAUGCUGAAAAACAUGAUCGCAUUCUAUGAUAUGGCUCGUCAUGCCGUUGAAAGCACCGCCCAAUCUGAAAGCAAAGUCACAUGGGCCAUUAUUCGAGAGAGCAUGGGUGAUCUACUUUACCAACUUUCGUCGAUGAAAUUCAAAGACCCGGUUGCCGAUGGUGAGGAGAAGAUCAAACAGGAUUAUGAAGAGCUGUUGGAGAAUAUGCAGAAUGCAUUCCGCAACUUGGAAGAAUAA